GCAAGUGUAUGCAUUUCAAGUUCACAACAAAGAGAAACAAGUAUAUGCCAAGAAAAUGUCUCGCGUCCAAAGAUUAUCAACGGGACAGGUCAUGAGGAUAGCCAGAGAAAGGUUCAUCCGAAUUUCUUCCAAACAACAAAUUGACCUCUCCACACUCCAACAUUUUUUCGAUGCUGCCAAGUUUGAUCUCUGUUGCGAGGAGACCAAAGAUGUGGAACUUGCAAUUCUACUUCUAGCUGCAGCUCACAAGCUGCACAACAAACAAUUUGCUGAAGCAGGCAAAUUCCUCAACUUAUGUGAUUUCUUGUCUUCCAUUACAGGAAACUCAGUUCAGAGAAUUGUUCAUUAUUUCACCAAAGCUCUUCGAGAGAGACUUGCUCGAGAAACUGGGACAGUCACAACAAUAGAAUCAGAAAAUAAAGAAGGAAAGUUAAUUCAUCCACAACAGACAACAGCCUGUUUGAUUCCUUCCCUGAUUGCAACUUAUCUCCAACUUCCCUAUACAGUCACUCAAUUUGCUGGAAUUCAAACAGUUCUGGAACACUUGGAAUCAGCAAGAAAAGUUCAUUUUAUUGACCUGGCAAUCAAAACUGGGGGGCACUGCACUAUAUUAAUGCAAGCUCUUGCAAAUCAAAACAAAUGCCCAAUUGAGCUUCUAAAGAUAACUGCUGUCGGGAAAACAACGUCAAAGCUGCAAAUGGAAGAAGUAGGUGAAAGGUUGGCCUGUUUUGCCAAGACUUUAAAUUUACCAUUUACAUUCAAAACUGCUAUAGUUUAUAACAUUAAAGAUCUCAAAGAAGAAAUGUUCGACUUAAGUCAUGGUGAAGUUGUUGCCAUAUACUCAAGGACUAUUCUCAGAAACAUAAUAACACAGACUGAUUGCUUGGAAUGUCUAAUGAGAGUACUAAGAAAAACCCAUCCAUGCAUAUUCGUAGUCCAUGAGAUUGAGGCAAACCAUAAUUCGCUGGUAUUCAUCGACCGAUUUUUAGAAGCACUACUUCAUUACUAUAGUGCUCAUUUUGAUUGCCUUGAUGUUUGUUUGGAAAGGUGUGAUCCAAAUAGGAUUGUUUGGGAAACAUGCCUAGCACAGGAGAUUCAAGACAUUGUUGCAGUUGAGGAUGAUGCAAGGAUUUUCAGGGACAUGAAGAUUGAUGAAUGGAGGGCUUAUUUUACCAGGCUUAAAAUGGUGGAGACCGAAAUUAGUGUGUCAUCUUUAAGUCAAGCACAGAUGGCACUUAAGAAUUUUGCUUCAGGAAAAUCUUGUACGCUUGACAGGAAUGAUAAAUCCAUUAUUACUAGAUGGAAGGGAACUCCACUUCUUUCUCUUUCUGCUUGGAAGUUUCAUCAACAAGACCAGUCGAAGAAGAGUUGCGCUAAGAAAUCUAAGACGUCUAAUUGUGGGAUGUUAUCUUAAUUCGAUUGCCAACUUUGAUUAAUCAUAUAUUAAUGGCUCUGCCUUCCGACGACCAGCCGUGGUCGUUGCUUGGAAAUUCUCUAGAUAACAGGGGAAAAAAGAAUUCCCCGGCCGAACAAGUUUCCUGCUGGACGGAAAACUUUCUCUGCCUGACGAAAAAAUGGGAGAAAAGUUUCCGCCCAUUCUUUAUUUUUAUUUUUUAAGGCUGCAUACCAAUUCGGUUUUUGCGGUCCAAUGUUAGCAAACAAUGGGCCAUCGGCCUAUGAAUUAUAACGAUGACCCAAUAAUAUA